ACGCAAAUUUUCACAGUCAACAUCGGAAGCUCCACCUUUUGUGUUUCCCGCACCGUCAAUCAAAAUAGAAAAAAAUAGACUCGAUUCAGCGAUCGCAGCCCGCCUCCGAAUAAUAUAAUCAUGCUUGGCGUGUAAUUAAAUCGAGAUUUUUUCCUAUUAAAGUAAUUCAAGUAAUGACUGGUAUGUAAGACUCAAUACGUUUCCAUUAGACGCAUUCCGCAGCCCUGCCUUAGCUAAGCUAAUGCUAAUGCUGGCUAAGUGUGUAGGUUUGGUUUGCUAAUCUCUUUGCAGUUGUGCUAACUGUUAACAUUAGCCAGUUAGCUUAGCCACUUCUGAAUUUUCCGAUUUGUGUGCAGAUAAGCAGCUCAGUUUGUCGAAGUAUUCUUUGUUGUGAUCGGAGAGUUGAGCUGGCAGUACGUCCGACUGAGCUGUUUUGCUUCGUGUCCGUGCACCGUGCCUGUGUACAGCGCCCAAACAGCCGGGGAGACAAGAGGAAAUGGCUGCCUUAGACGUGGACAGCAGUCAAAGCGAGUUUCUGCAGCAAGAUGGUAGCAGAGGAGAUCAGGCCAGUCCGCCGUCGCCGCUCGUUCUGCUGGCGGCCACCUGCAGCGAGCUCGGCUCGCCCUCCUCCCGGGGGGAGAACAGGGCUGCCGCUGCCGGGGCUGCAGAAUCAGGAUCAGUGCAGCUAACAAGCUCAUCAGAAAGAUGGGAUGGCGUCAAGGAUGACUCAAGCAUUGUGCAGCUGCCUGGUGGGGGCAUAGUCACCUCCAAUGGGCAGUAUGUUCUUCCCAUUCAGGGCCUCCAGAGCCAGCCCAUAUUGUUAACAUCAGGGACAGACUCCUCCGCCAACGCAGUGCCUAACAUCCAGUACCAGGUUAUCCCUCAGAUCCAGACAAGUGAUGGGCAGCUGGGAUUCUCUGCUUCAACAGUAGAGGCUGCCUCGCUGGCUCAGGAUGCCUCAGGGCACAUCCAGAUUCUCCCUGAUGGCUCUCAUGCCAUCAGUGUAGCCAGCACCAGCACGACGGGCAUUCUCAGCAACAGCCCAAACCUCAUGGGCCAGACUGGCCAAGUGCAGCAGAUCCAGGGAGUCACUCUGGGAAGCUCAGCCUUUAACAGCCAGGGGCAGGUGGUUGCUAACGUGCCUGUGGGUUUGCCUGGAAAUAUUACCUUUGUGCCCAUUAACAGUGUAGAUCUGGACUCACUAGGUCUUUCUGGGGCACAGACGAUAGCCACGGGGCUGACCGCUGAUGGACAGCUAAUCAUGACCAAUCAGACGGUGGACAACACAGAAGGCUCAGAGAAAGCAGGAGAACAGCUAUCACAGCAAACACUAGUGGUCAACAACACUAAUGCAGCAGAGAUGUUUGUGCCUACCACAUCUUCCUCAUCAUCAUCAACUUUGUCCUCGCAGUUGCCCGCCAGCACAAUCGAUGGUACAGGUGUGCUGACGCAGGGCACGCCUGAGCAGACUGAAGGAUUUCUUGCUCAGAGCCAGGUGCAAGUUUCCACAGGGCAGCAGGUGAUCCAGCUGCAGCAGGUGCCGCUCCAGAGCAGUGACGGACAGCUGGGCCAGCAACAGGGGCAGCAGGCUCUCCAGAACGUCCAGCUCAUCAACCCAGGAACCUUCCUCAUUCAGGCACAGACCGUCACACCAUCAGGCCAGAUACAGUGGCAGACCUUCCAGGUUCAGGGUAUUCAGAACCUCCAGAACCUGCAGCUCCAGACAGCCCCAGCCCAACAGAUCACGUUAGCCCCAGUGCAGACCCUCUCUAUAGGGCAGGGAGGUACACUUAGUACCACUCCUGUUAGCAUCAGCUCUGGGCAGAUUCCCAACCUGCAGACAGUCACAGUUAAUUCAGUGGAUCAUGGGCUCCAGCUCCAGGCUGAUGACACAGACAGCCCUGGAGAUAUUCGGAUAAAGGAGGAGCCAGACUCAGAAGAGUGGUCUCUUGCUGGUGACUCCACUCUGAAUACUAAUGACCUGUCUCACCUGCGUGUGCGCUUAGUAGAAGACGAGAUGGAGGGUCUGGGCCAGGAGGGCAAACGGCUGCGCAGGGUCGCCUGCACCUGCCCCAACUGCAAAGAGGGAGGAGGAAGGGGUGCCAACAUGGGGAAGAAGAAGCAGCAUGUAUGUCAUAUAGCAGGCUGUGGGAAGGUGUACGGGAAGACAUCUCACCUGCGAGCUCACCUGCGCUGGCACUCAGGAGAGAGGCCUUUCGUCUGCAACUGGAUGUUUUGCGGCAAGAGAUUCACACGCAGCGAUGAGCUGCAGCGACAUCGGAGAACACAUACAGGUGAGAAGAAGUUUGUGUGUCCCGAGUGCUCAAAGCGCUUCAUGCGAAGUGACCACCUGGCCAAACACAUAAAGACGCAUCAGAAGAAGGGCAGCAGCGGCGCAGUGGUGGCAAGCGUGGAGACCUCUGCCUCCUCUGACAGCAUCAUCACCUCAGGAGCUACCACACUCAUCCUCACCAACAUCCAGCCAGGUACCGUACAGGGCCUCGCUACCGUUAACGCUACUGUUAACACGUCCAACUCGCAGGAGCUGCUCACUACAGCAGAGAUCCCGCUUCAGCUAGUCACCGUCGCAGCCAGUGAACCUGCAGAGUGACGUGGACGCACAGGAGCUGUGCAACUAACACAGAUGACUUUCUCAGUUGUCAGGAAAGAAACUGCUUCACAAGGAUUCAAGUACACUUUUUAUGAAACUGCCAAGGUUAUGUUGCUUUGGGCAUAGUGUCAUUAUUAUCUUCUCCUGUCUCUUUUCCUGGAUAUCAGUUUGACCACAAGACUCCUCUCCCUCAAAUUUAUCCUGCUUUUUAUACCCACACAGAUUAUUCUCAUUUACGUAAAUAUAUCCAUUUACGUAAAUGCACAUAUAUAAAAAUAUAUUUUACAAAUAUAGAAUAUCGAUUUAUGUUUGUCUGCAGUUUUUUUAUGGCAAGAAUGGAACAGAAGAAAAGCGUCGAAAGUGGUUUCCAUAAAAAAAAAAAAAAAAAACACUGAAAUGCCUUAUUUUGUAUCAUACUCAUGUUGUGUACAAAGGUAGAGUUGCUGACGAGCUUUAAAGCAACUGUUAUGACAUGGAUUUGUUUGAAUGGGAGUAACCUUUAUAAAGGAAGCCAGGUCUGGUCAAUGGGAGUGAUGUUAAUCUAAUGUUGUGGCUAGUGUAGGGUAUGUUGUGGCGUUAGUUGGCCGCACUAUAAGGGAGGAUGUUCAGGGUAGAACAUUAGAAUGAAGUGUGCCACUCUGGUGCUGGGCGUUAUGAAGUUCUUCAUGUCCAAAUGUGUCUUUAAUGUACGUGUUUCUGAUGCUUUUCUCUGAAAACAUGCAUAUAUAUAUAUAUAUAUAUAUAUAUAUAUAUAUAUAUAUAUAUAUAUAUAUAUAUAUAUAUAUAUAUAUAUAUAUAUAUAUAUAUAUAUAUAUAAAAUUUUUUCAAUGUGGUCCUUUUUAUUUUAUUUAGUCCAAUCAAGGCUCUGCGAAGCUUUUUCUCUUUAAACUGAAGCGUUGUGAAGAAACUUAUAAAAAUGAAAAACAAUCAGUGUAAUUAAAAACAUUUUUUUUCUUCUUCAACCUCUUACAGUUGAUCAGAUGUUAUGCAUUUGUUAAGUCUUUUUGAGCAACACAAUAUUUAUAUGAGGCUUUGCAUAGUAAAUUGGUUUUGUGGUGUCUACAUCUCUUCAAUGAGCUUUUUAUUAUUAUUAUUAUUUUUUUUAUUUUUUUUUUUUAAAUAUGUAUAAUAAUUCCAGUAUGUCAUUUUUUCUAAGACUGAACUAUCUAAAGUGAAUCAUUAUCAAAAUCAUUGGAUAUGUAAUGGGCAGAUUUGUGGUCUAGAAAUUGGUGACAUGUCAGUGUCGCAUAAAGAGGAUGUGAUUCGUCUGGACGUGCCUGGAGUUUUAUCUCUCUGGGUUGUGCGUGUGUAGAGCUGUACCACAUGGUGAUCCUUUAGGAAUAAGGAGUGCUCGAUUACAGGGGUGCUGUGCUGCCGGUGUUAAAGCUGUUUGGACCAAAUUCAAUCAAAUCACUUUUAAAAUGCUCAAGAGACAAUGUCUGAUACUUCAAACCACAAUGUAACGACAAGAAAUAUCCAGUUUAUUUUUAGGCCAGCCAGUUCUGUACAAGAAACACAGAAUUUCAACCUGUAUCGAGAUUUCUAGCUGCAUGAUGGAUCUGAUGGGUUCUGCAGUAAUUUGAUUGACUUUGUUCUGAUCUGCCAUAGCCAUGUUAGGAGGAGGCUGGGGUACUCCUGAUUUAAGAUCCUGCUCAAAGAGGAAAAAUGUCCAUUUCAUGUGCAAAUAGACUUGUUUAUUAUAUAUAUAUAUAUAUAUAUAUAUAUAUAUAUAUAUAUAUAUAUAUAUAUAUAUAUAUAUAUAUAUAUAUAUAAAAUAUGUUAUAUACUCACAGUUUGAUAAUGAACUUUUUUUUAUGAAGAGAGCAUAACUCUUUUAUAUAUUUCACAGGUUGCUGAAGGACAUAUUUUUUGCCCUCAGUAUGCAGUUUGUUCUUCAAGCGAUGGUGUAGGAGUAUUUCCCUCUUUAUCUCCAGGAUUGUUUUGCACUUUCAUAUGAUGGAUUAUUCCACAUAAUCCAGACAUGAAUUAUGAGUUCACUUGCCAGUCUGUUUUUAGGAGUUUCAGCUAUUAAGGAUGAGAAAUUUGAACAUGCUAAUGAUGAUCCAUGCUAAACUACCCAACCUUGCUGAAACGGAUAACGUUAUACUUAAGUGUAAUUGAUGAAACACUAUUUUGUUUUCUAAAUAAUAUUUUUUUUUCUAUUUCCUUCUAUUUGCAUUUUUAAUAUGUUGCCCUAGUUUGUGAGGUCAAAUAUAAUUUCGUUCACUAUAAAUAGCAUUGUAACGUUGCUUGUAUUGUUAUUUGGUCUUUUUUUUUUUUUUCCUGAAAAAGCUUCAAACUAUUGUACAAUGCCCACUUUUGAGGGCAGCUUUUUAUUUCACACUAAAAUGACUAAAAAGAA